CGCGCCGGACGUGCAACAUUGUCCGGACAGAAGAUUGACAUGUUCACUCCGCCGCUCCAAAUUGAUGAACUCGAUCAUAUCCCGGAUGAGGUCCCCGAAGAGCCGGAAGAGCACGUAGAACUGGUGACCAUUCCUUCCAUCCACACGGAGGAAGUUUCGGAUUUGAAACCAUGCCUCCGAAAACGGCUGUCCUUGUCCGGCGUCACCGGAGACAUGUGGACGGAGGACCAUCUGGCCGCCAUGGACCAGUUCCUGAAGGACGUCACCCAGAUCAUGCUUGUAUUUUACGUCGAUGACUUCGCCGGGUUGAAAGUGGAACCGGUCAUGCCUCACCAGGAGCAGAAACAGCUGGCCUACUUCAUCCGCCAGGAGAACGCCGAAAUUACGGAGGAGAAUUUCCACGAAGUGGUGCAGUUCGGCUCCGUGCGCAGGCCGUACAUCGAUUCCCUGAUGCGCACGCUCAACGCAGCCUAUCUGCCCCGCCUCUUCCGCAAAGGCUCCUGGCCGGAAAGCAUCAAAAACGAAUUUUUCUCCGAAAUCUACCAUUUCAUGACCUCCCUGACAGAUACCCGCUACAAGAUGAAGGGCCGUACUGUCCUUUAUAUCCCGAUCGAAUCCUUCACCAUCACCCCGGAGGUGGCCCAGAAGGACAAGGCCGUGGUCCAUCGUCUGGAGACUUCCAUGAUUCACUGGACGCGACAGAUCAAGGACGUGCUGAGGGCCCAAGAGGCGGUCGAGAGCCGCGAAAGUGCGGGGCCCCUGGAAGAGAUCGCCUUUUGGAAGAACCGCUGCACCGACCUGUCGGAGAUCAGCAAGCAGCUGUGCCAGAAGGGAGUGAAGCACAUCGAGAGCAUCUUGAUGCUAUCCAAGUCCUCCUACGUGGCCCCCUUCCAGCGGCUCUCCAAGCAGAUCCAGGAUGGGUCGGAGCAGGCCCAGUCCAACCUCCGCUUCCUCUCCAUCCUGAAAGAGCCGUUCCAGGAACUGGCCACUCUACGACCCAAAGAUAUCCCCGAGAAGCUGCCCCAUCUCAUCAGCCUGGUCCGGAUCGUGUGGGUCAACUCCCCGUACUACAAUAGCCGAGAGAGGAUCACGGCGCUCUUCCGGAAGAUGAGCAACAAGAUCAUCCAGAUGUGUUGCAAAGACAUUUCCUUGGACCGCCUUUUCGAAGGCUACAUCAACUCGUCCCGCCAAACGUUGCACAGCUGCAUCUCCUGCAUGUCAUCCUGGAAGGACUGCUACCAGCAGGCGGCCUACAUGCACAACAAGCUUUCUGGGAAGGGAUGGGUUCUGGACCAGACCAGCAUCUUCGCCCAGGUGGAUGCUUUCGUCCAACGCUGCAAAGACCUCCUGGAGGUCUGCGACAGCCAGCAACACUUCGCCCGCUGGGAAGAUGGCAAACAGACCCCGCUGCCCUGUUUUUUUGGUCAACAAGGCCCUCAGAUGACGCGCAGCUUGCUGGAGAUUGAGGAGACCUUCAAUAAAUACCUCAACAACCUGCGGAACGUGAAGGGAGGAAUUCUGGAUGUGAAGAACACGACCUGGCAUGAAGACUUCAGCCGCUUCCGCGCAGGAGUCAAAGACCUGGAAGUCAUGACCCAGAACUUGAUGACUUCGGCCUUUGAGACGGUGAAGGAUGUAGAGCAUGGGGUGGAGAUUCAGGAUAUCUUCCAACAUUUGUCAUCCCGAGAGGCCAUCAAGCGCACUUUCGACAAGAAAACGGUGGACGUUUUCAUGCUCUUCAACCGGGAGCUAUCCCUGGUCAACAAGGAACUCAGCAAGAAGGCCCCUUUCCUGACGCCGUACAUGUGUCAUUAUUCAGGGAUGGCCCACUGGAUGCGGGCGCUCCGGCGGCGUGUGGACAGACCCAUGAAGUGUCUCACCAAAGCCCACUUCAUCCCUCACAUUGGGACUGGAGAGGAGAGUUUCCAGACCUAUCAGCUUCUGGUGCAAGCCAUGGAUGAGAUCGAGAGGAAGACCUUUCACGAGUGGACCCAAGGCCUGGACAAGGACAGCUUGAAGCGCCUGGACACCCCUCUCCUCAUCACCAGUGCCGAGAUGCCAGGAAUGUUGGACAUCAAUUUUGACAAGCACCUGCUAAAAUUAUUUGUGGAAAUCCACUACUGGGAGAGGGUGCUGUUUGAGAUCCCACAUUACGUGGUGGAGGUGUACGAACGGAAGGAGGACCUGAGGAACCUGAGGGAGAACCUUCUGCUGGUGGUCCGAGACUACAACAGGAUCAUCAGCAUGCUGUCCGAGGAGGAGAGGGGCCUCUUCCGGGAACGUAUCCGCUACCUGGACCGGAAGAUCCAACCUGGCCUGAAGAAGCUCCACUGGUCCCUCAAGGGGGCCAGCACGGUCUUCAUCUCGGAGUGUCGUCUCCAUGCCAGCAAGGUCCAGAACAUUGUGAACGAAUACAAAGCCGCCACCUUGGCCAUUGCUCGCCGGGCCCAGCAGAUGAGCGAGGCUCUGUUGGUCCGAAUCACUGGGAAGCGGGUCUACAACGACCUGGAGUUUGAAGAGGACCAGAAAGACCACCGGGACAUGGUGCAGAAGAAGCUGGUCACUUUCCACGAAGGCAGCAUUGCCAUCAUGCGGCAGACGUACGAAGUCUUCAAGAACGAUGGGUCGGAGGUCCAGCAGCACUGGUUCAACUAUACGGUCAGGAUAAACCGGAUGAUGGAGGACGCCCUGCGGCUGAACGUCAAGUGGUCCCUGAUGGAGCUCUCCAGGGCCAUCAACGGCGAUGGCAAGACCAGCCCCAACCCGCUCUUCCGUGUGAAGGUCAUUCUUCAGGACAACUCUCCUGGGCAGACUCCCCAGGUGGCGUUCUCCCCUUCGCUUCUCCAGCUGGCGAGCAUGGUCAAUGACAUCAGCAGCCACCUGAUCUCCAGCAUCACGGUCUUCCGACAUCUUCCGGAGAUCCUCGUCCGGCGCAAGUUUGCCCGCGACCCCAUUUCUGUCCUUGUGGAACGGGAUGAAGACAUCAAGAAAAUCCAGACUCAGAUCAGCAACGGCAUGCAGAACAAUGCCGCUCUCCUCCAGGCCUACCUGAAGACCUGGGAUGUCUACCGAGAGAUUUGGGAGGUCAACAAAGACGCCUUUAUCAACCGAUACCGCCACCUCAACCCACUGGUCUCGUCCUUCGACGCCGAUACUGCUCGCUACAUGGAGGUGGCCAACAACGCCCAGAAGGAGGAGACGGUGCUGAGCAUCCAAUUUGUGCUGCUGGAUUGCUCCCACCUCAAGGCCGCCGUGGUCCAGCACUGCAACGAGUGGCAGAACAAACUGACCAACCUGCUGAAGGAGAUGGCCACCGGCCGCUUGCGGGAGCUGACCGCCUACCUGCAGGACAACGUGGCCGACAUCAGCCGUCCUCCGCAGACCCUGGAGGAGCUGAGCCGAAGCCUCCAGCUGCACGAGACCCUGCAGAACGACCUGCCGAAGAUCGAGGGGCAGAUCCCCCCCAUCCACGAGCAGUUUGCUAUCCUGGAAAAGUACGAGGUCGUGGUGGACGAGGAGGUCCUGCAGCUGCUGGGUGAUCUGCAUUCGGAAUGGCUGGCUUUCCAGCAAUGCCUCCUGGACAGCGAGACCAUGUUGAAAAAGCACAAGGAGAAGUUCAAGACGGGCUUGAUCCACUGCGCGGAUGACUUCAAGAAGAAGGCCCAAAAUCUCCUCCAGGACUUCGAUAUGAACGGUCCCUUCACCAGUGCCGUCUCGGCUGACGCUGCCCUGGAGCAGAUCAUGGCCAUGAGGCAGUUACUGGCCACCAUGAAGGAGGAGGAGAAUGCCCUGCGCUCCAACCUGGGCAUCUUCAAGAUUGACCAGCCUGCCUCCAAAGACCUUCAGAAGCUGGAGAGGGAACUGGAUUACAUCCAACAAGUCUGGGAGAUCACGAAGGAAUGGGAGGUCCACUGGGAGGAGUGGAAGAAUGGGAGCUUCAAGACCUUGAAGACGGAGGUGAUGGAGAACACUGCCUUCGCUCUCUUCCGGAAACUGAACAAGCUGAGCAAGGAACUUAAGGACCGGAACUGGGAAAUAAUUGAGACCUCCAAGGCCAAGAUUGAGCAGUUUAAGAGGACCAUGCCUUUGGUCACCGACCUCAGGAACCCAGCUUUGCGAGAGAGACACUGGGACCAGGUGAAGGACUUGGUCCUUCGGACAUUCGAUCAAGAUGCUGAGGACUUCAGACUGGAAAACAUCAUCGAGUUGGGCUUGGACAAACACGUGGAGAAGAUUGCUGAGAUUUCUUCCUCAGCCACCAAGGAACUGGCCAUCGAGCAGGCUCUGGAGAACAUCGCGAAGACCUGGGCCGUCACCGCGUUGGACAUUGUCCCUUACAAAGACAAAGGACACCACCGGAUCAGAGGAACCGAGGAUGUCUUCCAGGCUCUGGAUGACAAUCAGGUGGCCUUGUCCACCAUGAAGGCGUCACGUUUCGUGAAGCCGUUCGAGAAGGACGUGGACCGGUGGGAACGCUGCCUCUCGCUCAUCCUGGAGGUGAUCGAGAUGGUACUGACUGUGCAGCGGCAGUGGAUGUACCUGGAGAACAUCUUCUUGGGAGAAGAUAUCCGCAAGCAGCUGCCCGGUGAAUCGGCCUCCUUCGACAACAUCAACAGCAGCUGGAAGACUAUCAUGGACCGCUUUGUGAAGGACAAUAACGCUCUGAGGGCCACUCAUUACCCAGGACUCCUGGACAAACUGGUCGAAAUGAACAGUGCUUUAGAAGAUAUCCAGAAGUCCCUUGACAUGUACUUGGAGACCAAACGCCACAUCUUUCCCCGUUUCUACUUCCUCUCCAACGAUGACCUCCUGGAGAUCUUGGGCCAGUCCCGCAACCCGGAGGCCGUCCAGCCCCACCUCAAGAAGUGUUUUGACAACAUCAAGUGCCUCAAAAUUCAGAAGAUUGGGACCAGCCAGCGGUCUGAAGCCCUCGGCAUGUUCUCUCUGGAUGGGGAAUAUGUGGACUUCACCCAUCCUGUUCUGCUGGAAGGACCUGUGGAGGAGUGGCUGUGCGACGUGGAGAGGGCCAUGCGCUGGACGUUGAGGGAAGUGCUACGGAACUGCCGGCUGGCGUUGAAGAAGAUGUUGACCAAGAGAGACAAAUGGGUGAAGGAAUGGCCCGGACAGAUGGUGAUCACCGCAAGCCAGAUCCAAUGGACGACCGAUGUCAGUAAAUGCUUGGCCACCUGUAAGGAACGCGGCGACAAGAAGUACCUCAAAGCGAUGAAGAAGAAGCAGAUCUCCAUGCUCAACAAAUACUCGGAGGCCAUCCGGGGCAGCCUGACCAAAAUCAUGCGGCUGAAGAUUGUGGCGCUGGUGACGGUCGAAGUCCACGCCCGGGACGUCAUCGAGAAGCUGUACAAGAGCGGCUUGCUGGACGUGACGUCCUUCGAGUGGUUGAGCCAGCUUCGCCUCUACUGGGAGAAGGAUUUGGACGAUUGCGUGAUCCGGCAGACCAACACUCAGUUCGCUUACGGCUACGAGUAUCUGGGGAACUCUGGGCGGCUGGUCAUCACCCCUCUGACUGACAGGUGCUACAUGACGCUGACCACGGCCCUUCACCUCCACCGAGGAGGGUCCCCGAAGGGCCCCGCGGGCACCGGCAAGACGGAGACGGUGAAGGACCUGGGCAAGGCGCUCGGGAUGUACGUCAUCGUGGUGAACUGCUCAGAGGGCCUGGACUACAAGUCCAUGGGGCGCAUGUACUCCGGACUCGCCCAGACGGGAGCCUGGGGCUGCUUUGACGAAUUCAACCGUAUCAACAUUGAGGUCCUCUCGGUGGUGGCCCAGCAGAUCCUCUCCAUCUUAUCCGCCCUGGCGGCCAACAUGACCCGGUUCACCUUCGAAGGCCACGAGAUCAACCUGGUCUGGUCUUGUGGCAUCUUUAUCACCAUGAACCCAGGCUACGCCGGGCGCACGGAAUUGCCGGACAACCUGAAGUCUAUGUUCCGUCCCAUCUCCAUGGUGGUCCCGGAUUCCACGCUCAUCGCCGAGAUCAUCCUUUUCGGAGAAGGCUUCAACAACUGCAAGAUCUUGGCCAAGAAGGUCUACACCCUCUACUCCCUGGCCGUGCAGCAGCUCUCCAAGCAGGACCACUACGACUUCGGGCUGCGGGCCCUCACCUCCCUGCUGCGUUACGCCGGGAAGAAGCGCCGGGUGCGGCCGGACCUCUCGGAUGAAGAGAUCCUCCUCAUGGCCAUGAAGGACAUGAAUAUCGCCAAGCUGACCUCCGGGGACGUUCCGCUCUUCAACGCCAUCACCCAGGACCUCUUCCCGGGCAUCGAGUGCCCCGUCAUUGACUACGGCAAGCUGAAGGAGGUUCUGGAGGGGGAGCUGAGGGAGCUGGGGCUGCAGGUCAUCCCCUUCACCAUCACGAAGGUCAUCCAGCUCUUUGAGACCAAGAACUCCCGCCACUCCUCCAUGAUCGUGGGCAACACCGGUAGCGGCAAGACCAUCACCUGGAAGGCCCUGCAGGCCACCCUCUGCAGCCUCCACAGGAGCGGGGAGGCCGGCUUCAACUUGGUCCGGGACUAUCCCCUGAACCCCAAGGCGGUUUCUCUGGGCGAGCUGUACGGGGAGUACAACCUCAGCACCAACGAGUGGACGGACGGCAUUCUCUCCAGCGUUAUGCGGACGGCCUGCGCAGACGAGAAACCGGAUGAAAAAUGGAUCCUUUUCGACGGACCGGUGGACACGCUGUGGAUCGAGAGCAUGAACUCGGUCAUGGACGACAACAAAGUCCUGACCCUCAUCAACGGGGAGAGGAUCGCCAUGCCCGAGCAGGUUUCGCUGUUGUUUGAAGUGGAGAACCUGGCGGUCGCCUCUCCCGCCACUGUCUCCCGAUGUGGGAUGGUAUACACCGACUACAGCGACCUGGGUUGGAAGCCGUACGUCCUCUCCUGGAUCGAGAAGCGUCCGAAGGUGGAAACGGAAACUUUGCAGCGGAUGUUUGACAAAUUCACCAACAAGAUCCUGAACUUCAAGAAGGAAAAUUGCCAGGAGUUGGUUCCCAUCGUUGAAUACAGCGGCAUCGUGUCUCUCUGCAAACUCUUCUCCUCCUUGGCUGAGGAAGGGCUGAAUCUCACCGACACGGAGAACUACUCCACCCUGGUGGAAAUGUACUACGUCUUCAGCAUGAUCUGGUCGCUGUGCGCAGCGGUGGACGAGGAAGGCCGGAAGAAGAUCGACAACUUCCUGCGGGAAAUCGAAGGAUCCUUCCCUAACAAGGACACCGUCUACGAGUAUUACGUGGACCCCAAGAGGAAGCAGUGGGUUGCCUUCGAGGAUAACCUUCCCAAGAUGUGGAGAUACCCUCCCAACAUCCCCUUCUACAAGAUCAUUGUCCCGACCGUGGACACCAUGCGCUACAACUAUCUCGUCAACGCCUUGAUUGCCAACCAACAGCCGGUGCUGCUGACGGGCAUGGUGGGCACGGGGAAGACCUCCAUCGCCCAGGGGGUCCUUCAGUCCCUGGACAGCAUGAAGUGGGCCGUCUUGGUGAUCAACAUGUCCGCCCAGACCACCUCCAACAACGUCCAGAGCAUCAUCGAGAGCCGCGUGGAGAAGCGCACGAAGGGCGUCUACGUCCCCAUGGGAGGCAAAAGCAUGAUCACUUUCAUGGAUGACCUCAACAUGCCGGCCAAAGACACGUUCGGUUCCCAGCCCCCUCUGGAACUCCUCCGCCUUUGGCUCGACUACGGCUUCUGGUACGACCGGACCAAGCAGACCAUCAAACACAUCAAGGACAUGUUCCUGAUGGCAGCCAUGGGACCCCCCGGAGGAGGGCGUACGGUGAUCUCCAGCCGUUUGCAGAGCCGUUUCAACCUCAUCAAUAUGACCUUCCCCACCGAUUCCCAAAUCCGUCGCAUCUUCGGCACCAUGAUCAACCAGAAGUUGCAGAACUUUGAGGAGGCCGUCAAGCCCAUCGGCAACGUCAUCACCGAGGCCACGGUGGAGCUCUACAACAGCGUGGUCCAACGGUUCCUGCCCACGCCGGCCAAAAUCCACUACCUCUUCAACCUGCGGGACAUUUCCAAGGUCUUCCAAGGGAUGCUGAGGGCCCACAAGGACUUCCACGACACCAAAACCAGCCUGACCCGUCUCUGGAUCCACGAAUGCUUCAGGGUCUUCUCGGACCGCCUGGUGGACACCACCGACAUGGAGACCUUCGUGGCCCUUUUGGGAGAGAAGCUGGGCACCUUCUUUGACCUGACCUUCCACCACAUCUGCCCCAGCAAGCGGUCGCCCAUUUUUGGUGACUUCAUGCGCAACGUCUACGAGGACAUGAUGGACAUGGGCGUCCUGAAGGCCGAGAUGGAGCGGGCGCUGGGAGACUACAACCGGACCCCAGGCGUGGUACCCAUGAGGCUGGUGCUCUUCCGGGAUGCCAUCGAGCACAUCACCCGCAUCGUCCGCGUGAUCAGCCAGCCGCGGGGCAACAUGCUGCUGGUGGGCAUCGGAGGGAGCGGGCGCCAGAGCCUGGCACGCCUGGCUUCUUCCAUCUGCGAGUACUACACCUUCCAGAUCGAGGUCUCCCGCCAGUACCGCAAACAAGAAUUCCGCGAAGACAUCAAGAAGCUCUACCGGCAGACCGGGGUCGACCUGAAACCCACCACCUUCCUCUUUGUGGACACCCAGAUAGCGGACGAGUGCUUCCUGGAGGACAUCAACAACAUCCUGAGCUCUGGAGAAGUACCCAACCUCUACAAACCGGAUGAGUUCGAGGAGAUCCAAAGCCACAUCAUCGACGCGGCCCGGGCCGAGGGCAUCCAGGAGAGUCAGGACAGCAUGUUUGCCUACCUGAUCGAAAGAGUCCGGAACAACCUGCACGUCGUGCUAUGCCUGAGUCCCGUGGGGGACCCCUUCAGGAACCGGAUACGCCAGUAUCCUGCUUUGGUGAACUGCACCACCAUCGACUGGUUCUCGGAGUGGCCGAAGGAAGCCUUGCUGGAGGUGGCAGAGAAGUAUCUGGAAGGCGUCGAUUUGGGCACGGUGGAAAAGGGGAGCCUCGACACGAUGCAAAAACGAGUGGCUAAAAUCUUCGUCACCAUGCACUGGUCAGUGGCCAGAUACUCUCACAAGAUGCUGCUGGAACUCCGGCGCCAUAACUACGUGACCCCCACCAACUACUUGGAGCUGGUGUCUGGCUACAAGAAACUUCUGGCCGAGAAACGGAAAGAGCUUUCCGAACAGGCCAACAAACUUCGCAACGGCCUCUUCAAAAUCGACGAGACCCGAGAAAAAGUCGAAGUGAUGACCCUGGAGCUGGAGGAGGCCCGGAAGAAGGUGGCCGAAUUCCAGAAACAGUGCGAGGAAUACCUAGUGAUCAUCGUCCAGCAGAAGCGGGAAGCCGAUGAACAACAGAAGACGGUCUCGGCCAACAGCGAGAAGAUCGCGGCCGAGGAGAUCAAGUGCAAAGCGUUGGCUGACAAUGCCCAGAAGGAUCUGGAGGAAGCGUUGCCUGCCUUGGAGGAAGCUAUGAAGGCUUUGGAGUCCCUCAACAAGAAGGACUUGACGGAGAUCAAGUCCUACGGCCGGCCACCUACUCUGGUAGAGACCGUGAUGCAGGCCGUCAUGAUCCUGCGGGGCAACGAGCCCACCUGGACGGAAGCUAAGAAGCAGCUAGGAGAGCCCAACUUCAUCAAGCAACUGGUGUACUUCGACAAGGAUAACAUCUCCGACAAAGUUCUCAAGAAGAUCAGCGCCUACUGCUCCCAGCCGGACUUCCAGCCGGACAUCAUCGGGAGGGUUUCGGUGGCCGCCAAGUCUCUGUGCAUGUGGGUCCGAGCCAUGGAGAUGUACGGGCGCAUCUACCGGGUGGUGGAGCCCAAACGCGCUCGCAUGAACGCCGCCUUGGCCCAGCUGGCAGAGAAGCAGGCAGCCCAGGCCGAAGCCCAGGAGCGGCUGCGAGAGGUUGCGGAGAAGCUGGAGAUGCUGAAGAAGGAGUACGAGGAGAAGCUGGCCCAGAAGGAGGAGCUGCGCAAGAAGUCCGAGGAGAUGGAGAUCAAACUGGACCGGGCUGACAAGCUGGUCUCCGGCCUGGCCGGGGAGAAGAUCCGCUGGGAGGAGACCGUCAAGGGCCUGGAGGAAGACCUGGGCUAUUUGGUGGGCGACUGCCUCCUCGCUUCAGCCUUCGUCUCCUACAUGGGGCCCUUCCUGUCCAAUUACCGGGAUGAGAUGCUCUCCCACAUCUGGAUGAAGCAGAUCCGGCAGCUUCACGUGCCCUGCUCGCCCAUGUUCACCUGCGACAGCUUCCUCUCCAACCCAACCAUGGUGCGCAACUGGAACAUCCAGGGACUGCCCUCCGACGACUUCUCCACUGAAAAUGGGAUUAUCGUCACGCGAGGGAACCGGUGGCCUCUGAUGAUCGACCCUCAAUGCCAGGCCACCAAGUGGAUCAAGAACAUGGAAGCCAAGAAAGGCUUGAAGAUCAUCGACCUGCAGAUGCCCGACUACCUGCGCAUCCUGGAGUCGGCCAUCCAGCUGGGCUCCCCGGUGCUGCUGCAGAACGUGCAGGAGGAACUGGACCCCACCCUCGCCCCCAUCCUCAACAAAUCGGUCACCAAAGUGGGUGGGCGCCUGCUGAUCCGACUGGGGGACAAAGAGGUGGAGUACCACCCCGAUUUCCGAUUCUACCUCACCACCAAGCUCUCCAACCCUCACUACACGCCCGAGACUUCCUCGCAGACCACCAUCGUCAACUUCGCCGUCAAGGAGCAGGGCCUGGAGGCCCAGCUGCUGGGCAUCGUCGUAAGGAAAGAGAGGCCCGAACUGGAGGAACAGAAGGACUCCCUUGUGCUUAACAUUGCGGCCGGCAAGAGGAAGCUUAAAGAGUUGGAAGACGAGAUCCUCAGGCUGCUAAACGAAGCCACCGGCUCCCUGCUGGACGAUGUGCAGCUGGUGAACACCUUGCAGACCUCCAAAGUGACGGCCACGGAAGUGACGGAGCAGCUGGAGACCAGUGAGAUGACCGAGAUCAAGAUUGACACCGCCCGGGAGGCCUACCGGCCUUGUGCCCAGAGAGCCUCCAUCCUCUUCUUCGUGCUCAACGACAUGGGGCGCAUCGACCCCAUGUACCAGUUCUCCCUGGACGCCUACAUCGACCUCUUCAACCUCAGCAUCAACAAGAGCCAUCGCAGCCACAAGCUGGACGAGCGGAUCCGACACCUCAACGAGUACCACACCUACGCCGUCUAUAGGUACACCUGCCGGGGUCUCUUUGAGAGACACAAGCUGCUCUUCAGCUUCCAGAUGUGCGCCAAGAUCCUGGAAAUGUCCGGUACCUUGAAGAUGGACGAAUACAACUUCUUCCUGCGGGGCGGAGUGGUGCUGGACCGGGAAGGACAGAUGGACAACCCUUGCACCAGCUGGCUCUCCGACAUCUACUGGGACAACGUGACGGAACUGGACAAACUGACCAAUUUUCACGGCAUCAUGAACUCCUUCGAACAGUAUCCCAGGGACUGGAACCUCUGGUACACCAGCUCCAAGCCGGAGAAGGCCAUGCUGCCAGGCGAGUGGGAAAACUCCUGCAACCAAAUGCAACGGAUGUUGGUUGUCCGGUCUCUGCGGCCGGACCGGGUGGCCUUCUGCGUCACGGCCUUCAUCGUCUCCAACCUGGGCUCCCAGUUUAUCGAGCCCCCUGUGCUGAACAUGAAGUCGGUAGUGGACGACUCGACCACGAAGACCCCGCUGAUCUUCGUCCUGUCUCCGGGCGUCGACCCCACCUCUUCCCUGCUUCAGCUGGCCGAGCAGUCGGGCAUGGCUCAACGUUUCCACGCCCUGUCCUUGGGUCAGGGCCAGGCACCCAUCGCCACACGUAUGAUUAAGGACGGGGUCCACCAGGGUAACUGGGUUUUCCUGGCCAAUUGUCACCUGUCUCUGUCCUGGAUGCCCCAGCUGGACAAACUGGUCGAACAGUUGCAGGUCGAAGAGCCACAUCCGUCUUUCCGCCUGUGGCUGAGUUCCAGCCCCCACCCCGAAUUCCCCAUCUCUAUCCUGCAGGCGGGCAUCAAGAUGACAACGGAGCCCCCCACGGGCUUGAAGGCCAACAUGAAGCGGUUGUACCAGCUGAUCACGGAUGCCCAGUUCAACCGUUGCACCAAGCCCAGCAAGUACAAGAAGCUGCUCUUCGCCCUCUGCUUCUUCCACAGCGUCUUGCUGGAACGCAAGAAGUUUCUACAGCUGGGCUGGAAUAUCAUCUAUGGCUUCAACGACUCCGAUUUUGAGGUGUCCGAGAAUCUGCUCAGCCUGUACCUGGAUGAGUAUGAGGAUACCCCGUGGGAUGCAUUGAAGUACCUGAUCGCGGGGGUCAACUACGGGGGCCACGUGACCGACGACUGGGACCGGCGUCUCCUGACCACCUACAUCAACGACUACUUCUGCGAACAAACCGUGGCUGCCCCUUUCUACAAGUUAACGGUAUUGGACACUUACUACAUCCCCAAGGACGGCUACCUCUCCUCUUACAAGGAGUACAUCAGCCUUCUGCCAGGCAUGGACCCCCCGGAGGCCUUCGGCCAGCACCCCAAUGCCGACGUGGCCUCGCAGAUCACCGAGGCCCGAACCCUCUUCGAAACUCUCCUCUCCCUCCAGCCCCAAACCACACCCACUGGGGCGGCCGGGCAGAGCCGCGAGGACAAGGUGCUAGAACUCUCCGCCGACGUGCGCAGCAAGAUUCCAGAGGAGAUCGACUACGAGGGGACCUGCAAGGUGCUCUCCACUGAUCCCUCCCCUCUCAACGUGGUCCUGUUGCAAGAGAUCCAGCGAUACAACUCCCUGCUGCAGAUCAUCAGCUCAUCGCUGGUGGAGCUUGAGAAGGGCAUCCAAGGCCUGGUGGUCAUGUCGACAGAUCUGGAAGAGAUUUUCAAUUGCAUUUUCGACGCCCGCGUGCCCCCCAUGUGGGAAAGGGCAUACUCUUCCCAGAAGCCUCUGGCCGCCUGGACCCGGGACCUGGGCCUGCGGGUGGAACAGUUUGCCCGCUGGGCGAAGACCGCCCACCCGCCGGUGCUCUUCUGGCUUUCGGGUUUCACCUUCCCCACCGGAUUCCUGACGGCCGUCUUGCAGGCCGCCGCGCGGCAGAACAACAUCUCUGUGGACACCUUGAGCUGGGAGUUCAUCGUCUCUACGGUGGACGACAACAAUCUGGUGUACCCGCCUAAGGAGGGGGUGUGGAUCCGGGGUCUUUUUCUGGAGGGGGCCGGCUGGGACAAGAAGAAUUCCUGCCUGGUGGAGGCCGAGCCCAUGCAGCUGGUCUGCCCCAUCCCCACCAUCCACUUCAAGCCCGUGGAGAACAAGAAGAAGAGCGGCAAAGGCAUCUACUCCUGCCCUUGCUACUACUACCCCAACCGGGCAGGCACCUCCGGGCGCCCCUCCUUUGUCAUCGGUGUGGACCUGCGCUCGGGAGCCAUGCCCCCCGACCACUGGAUCAAGCGUGGCACCGCUCUGCUGAUGAGCCUGGAUACGUGA